AACAUCUGGAUCGCCGUCAGCGACGAUGACAUUGAGCGCGUCAAGCAGCUCGUCGAAGCGGACAAGACGCAGGUCAACGCCCAGGACCCCAACGGAUACAGCCCCCUCCACGCUGCCGCCUCGUGGAAGCGCCUGGAGCUGCUGAAGUACCUGCUGGAGAAUGGCGGUAACGUCAACAUCGCUGAUGCCGACGGCGACACGCCGCUGCACAUCUGUGAGGACAAGGCGUGUGCUGAGCUGCUGCUGGAGCACGGUGCCGAUCCUGAGUGCAAGAAUAGCGAGGGCCUGACGCCUGUCCAUACAACCCUUGAGAACGAAGCCAUUGAGGUCACUGAGCUGCUG